CGAGCUGGCGCAGCGCCAGGCCUUCAUAGAGACGCGCCAGUGCGUCGAGGCGAGGCUCAACACGCAGCGAGAGAACCAGCAGCAGGAGCGGCUGCUGCUGUCGGUUCUGCCCCGCCACGUUGCCAUGGAGAUGAAGGCAGACAUCGCGGGAAAACCCAAGGACUCCAUGUUCCACAAGAUCUACAUCCAGCGGCAUGAGAACGUCAGCAUCCUGUUCGCCGACAUUUGCGGUUUCACAAGCCUCUCAGACCAGUGCACGGCCGAAGAGUUGGUACGCCUGCUCAACGAGCUCUUCGCGAGGUUCGACCGUCUGGCGGCGGAGCACCACUGCCUGCGCAUCAAGCUGCUGGGGGACUGCUACUACUGCGUGUCCGGCCUGCCAGAGCCCCGGCCCGACCACGCCCACUGCUGCGUCGAGAUGGGCCUCGACAUGAUCGACGCCAUCGCGCUGGUGCGCGAGGUGAUGGGCGUGAACGUGAACAUGCGCGUCGGCAUCCACACGGGCCGCGUGCACUGCGGCGUGCUGGGCCUGCGCAAGUGGCAGUUCGACGUCUGGUCCAACGACGUCACGCUGGCCAACUACAUGGAGAGCGGCGGCCUGCCGGGACGCGUGCACGUGACCAGCGAGACGCUGCGCUGCCUGGGCGGCGACUACGCGGUGGAGGCGGGCCACGGCGGCGACCGGAACGCCUACCUGCGCGACCACAACAUCGAGACCUUCCUCAUCGUGCCGCAGAAAAAUCGUAGAUCACAAGUAAAACGGCCGAACCACACGUUCUCGAUGAACGGCAGCGUGUCGAAGGAGAUGCGGAUGAUGGGUCACGGGUCACAGUCCGGCAAGUACUCAAAGCUGGGCUACGGGGAGAGCCUGGAGGAGAAGGACCCUGAGGACGAGGUCAACGAGUACCUGAUGCGGGCCAUCGACGCGCGCAGCAUAGACCGCCUGCGCGCCGAGCACUGCAAGAGUCUGCUGCUCACCUUCCGCAAGGCCGACAUAGAGGAGAAGUACUCCAAGGAGGGCGAUCGCAUGAUGUCGACCUACUUCUUCAGCUCCUUCUUCAUCUUUCUGUCCAUCAUGCUGGUCGAGCUCAUCAUCAUGCCACACUCAAUACCGAUGUACGUCUGCAUGGCCAUUGGGGUCAUUGUCCUGGUGGCUGUCAACUACAUAAUCAUAGUCGACGGUUCUAAGUCCGCGCCGGGCCCCAUCCGCAGGCUGUCAGAGAAGGUGUUCCAGGACCGUGCGGCGGCGCAGCUGCUGGCGGCCGUCUCGCUAGCUGCUACUACGCUGGUGGCGCUCUCCCCCCUGUUCGUGCGGCUGGAGCCGUGCCACCACCCGCGGCUGGACCAAUGGGCCUCCCCCAACACGUCGCGCUCCAGCGUGGCGGCGCUUGAGAGGCUCAGGCUCCAGGAGGAGGCGGGCUGCCAGGAGGCCUACGUGUUCGACUUCCUGACGCUGUGCGUGAUGAUGGCGAUGGUGAUGUGCGCCGUCUACCAGAUCCUCAUCAGCCUGGCCAAGCUGCUGGUGCUCUCGUGCAUCUGCUUUGGCUACCUCGGUCUGCUGACACUCCAUGCCAGCACGCGGACGCGGCCGGACGACGAGCUGCCUUCGCGCUACCUGCUGGUGGUGGUGCUGCUGGGCUGCCUGGCGGCGCUGGUGAUCCACGCGCAGCAGACCGAGGCCACCUACCGGCUGGACUUCCUCUGGAAGCUGCAGGCCACAGAGGAGAAGGAGGACGUGGAGCACCUGCAGGCAUACAACCGGAAGCUGCUGGCCAACAUACUUCCGGUGCACGUGGCGCAGCACUUCCUGCGCGGCGACAAGAACUCCGUCGACGUGAGUGUCAGCGCGGCUGCGGCGGCUGACCUGUACCACGAGCAGUGCGAGUCGGUGUGCGUCAUGUUCGCCACCAUCCCCAACUUCUCCGAGUUCUACGUCGAGCUCGAGGCGAACAACGAGGGCGUCGAGUGCCUGCGACUCCUCAACGAGAUCAUCGCCGACUUCGACGAGCUGCUGUCCGAGGAGCGCUUCCAGUGCGUCGAGAAGAUCAAGACCACCGGCGCCACCUACAUGGCCGCCUCAGGGCUUACGAAGAGCAUGUGCGACCUGAAGGGCUACCGGCACGUUUCGGCCAUGGCGGACUACGCCCUCAGGAUCCGAGAGCAGCUCGCGUACGUCAACGAACACUCCUUCAACAACUUCCGCAUCCGUAUCGGCAUCAACAUCGGCCCGGUGGUUGCUGGAGUAAUCGGAGCCCGCAAGCCCCAAUACGACAUCUGGGGGAACGCCGUGAACGUGGCCAGCCGCAUGGACUCCACAGGCGUGCUCGACAAGAUACAGGUCACGCAGGAGAUGUACCACAUACUGCACGCCAAGGGCUACCCACUCACCUGCCGCGGCACCAUCAAGGUUAAGGGCAAGGGCGAGAUGGUCACCUACUUCCUCAAUGGGUACGCCACCACGCCGGCGCCGUCGACGCCAGCGUCAUCAGAGCCGCCGCCGGCGCCCAGUGGUGACGGUAACAGCGGUGGAGUGUCCGAGAGCUAGUUUCGGCUAUCCCAGAAGUAACAGUGACACCUGAAUGUCUUCCUGGCAAGAUACUGCAAGAGACCUAAUGAAAAUCUCUUUGCAACUUUUAUGAGCUAUGAACACAACUCUGUGAUGGAAUUUUAUCCUUUAUCCUGAACUUUACUGUAAUAAGAACAACAGGAAGCAUGUUUGCAAUGAAAAGUAUUUCU